AAAGAACUGUGCGUCUUAUCCGUCUUGCUUAGGAACGCCAACUUCACCAUUGAUCUCGGCGUCCUUAUAUACCCGACCGCAUACACUCUACGACAUGCAAGAGGAUACGGUCGUUCUGCACUUCGAAACUGGCUUCUUCAAGGUUCCAAAGACAAGCAGGUUUGGGAAGUACUCGUUGCUCAUACUGAUGACACUAGCCUUGGUGAUCCUGGAUCUACGGCUACGUGGCCCAUAGAAGAUGAUCGUACCAAAGGGCCCUUCCGGUACUUGCGCAUAGCGCAGAAUGGGAAGAAUUCGUCUGGACAGACUUAUUACUUAAGCAUAUCUGGAUUUGAAGUUUAUGGAGAAAUUGUUGAUGUAAUCAUUGAUGGUUUUGCACCACACAAAGAUGAGAAAGAUAGGGCUGCUGGCGCGUUUAGCAAGUCCAAAAUUCCAUUACCGUCGUCGUCACGGAAGGAGUCCAAUAGGGAUGAAAAAGUUGAAUCGUUAAUGCCGCAAGGAGCAAAUAACAACAAAUUGAGAGCUGGGCUUACGGCUGAUAUGGUAUCGAUGAUGCACACAAGAUCUCGAAUGCGAGUGGCUCGCGCGGCUCGUCAUGCUGCUGUUGGAACUGAUGCCCGGGGUAUGCGCGUUAUUCGCGGUCCAGAUUGGUCUUGGGACGAUCAGGAUGGUGGCGGCGAAGGCAAAAUUGUUGGAUGCGUUGAAAAUGGUUGGGUCGAUGUGCAAUGGGACAAUGGAUACACAAACUCAUAUCGUUUUGGAGCUGAUGGCCGUUUUGAUAUUCAACGUGUAAGUGGCCGCACAUCACUUACGACGUCUACCCCUGCUAUAUCUGUGCUGGAAGCUGUGAGAGCUAAAGGGCGCGGCUUGAUGGGCAAAACGAGAGAAGUGGGCGGGAUGCGAGAAGGCAGCUCGUCUCCUUUUGCUUCCUUUACAGGCUUCACACCAUUUGCCACAAAGCAGCGCAAAUCUGGAGUUUCUACUCCUUUGUCGCGUUUCGCAAAAGUGCCAUCAACUUCAUCCGCUAGCGCUGCCUCAAGCUCAUCAAAUAUUGGUGAGAAGAGUGUUUGGAUGGAUUGUUUGAAGUUUGCUGAAACAUCUUGCGCAUUACUUGUUUAG